UAUGAAUCUAAAGAAAUUUUUCGCCCAUUUUCAUUUUCAUGCUUGCCAACAUAUGUAUGUGGCCAAAAUCUUUAGAAACAUCAAACAGUGAAGUGAAACGUAAACCUUGACUUUGAAUGUUUCCUUAAAAUUUUUGUGCGGAUAAACAGAAAUUUAUACUUGUUUUUAUUUCAUGCAAAAUAUGGUAUACUUACACUUCCCUUCGAAUUUAACAGAAGAAGAAUUGAUGUUGCAAGCGAAAUAUAAUAAGCUUAAAAGAAAGAAAAAGGCAUUGCAAGAUUUGAAAGCACCAAAGCAAGAAGCUGAACGAAUACCACAAGCUCCAAAGCGACCAACAGAAGCUAGAGAUGCCAGGGAAGUUGCCAAGAAAUUGAUAAAAUCUGGAGUAAUUACUGCUCCAAAAACUCCUAAACGGCCAGAACAAUCUUUUAAAAGACCACGUGGUUUAGUAAGAAAAUUAAACAGUACAGAAAAGACGGUGAGCUCAUAUCAACCAUUCUCAGCCACACAAAUGGAGGAAGAAGAAACAGAAGCAGUAAGGCCAAGAGUUAAAGAUUUGUACGAUAGUUUUGUGAGUGCUCAAGACCCAGAGGAUCGUACUAGCAGAGAUAUUCAACCACCAUCUAAGCAAGAAAUGAAGCCACGAGCUGGAAAUACAAUAUUUGUAUGUGGUUACAAGAUAUCGGAAGAUUUUUUAAAAAAGCAUUUUCAAACAUUUGGAAAUAUUAUAAAUAUCUCGAUGGAAACAGAAAAAAACCGUGGAUUUGUUACGUUUGAUAAAACGGAAGCUGCUGAAAGAGCAAUUAGCGAAAUGGAUGGCAGUAUGGUGUCUUCUAUUCAGUUGAAAGUAUCACUGGCACGAAGACAACCCAUAAUAGAAGCUAUGACUGAUGCUACAUCUAGUUCCAUGUGGUCGCCGAUUGCGGCGAAUUAUUCACAGAAAAGUGCACACAAAGAUAGGAGAGAUUUAAUAGUGUACGAGGAAGAUCUUUUUGUGUGAACGCAAUAUUUUUUAAUUUUUCUAUGUUUCCUUAGAGUCUAUUGUUGUUACAGUAUAUGGAAUCUUACUUUAAAAUAAAAUUGUACAUAGCCUGUAAUGUUCAUAAGGUAUCAAAAAAUAUUUUCUUCAAAUCAUGCAUCUUGACUGUUAUGAUGCGGCGCUCAUAUUGUAUAUUCGUAUCUAGUCAAAUGGUUAGACAAGGCAU